AUGUGUAUAAGAGACCAACUAUAUACUAAUUACCAGUGGUGUCAACAAUGUAAUGCUAAACAAUUUCAACAUGAUUUUUCAAAGUGGACCAGUAAAAAUGAAUUUAUUGAUAAAUUUAUUCAAGAUUCACAACUAAAUGCCAAAAAUAGUUAUGAAGUUUUAGAAUGGAUAGCUUAUGAUAAAUUGUCAAAUAUUAAUUAUUAUGAUAAAGGAGGAUUUAGUGAAAUUCAUAAAGCUAUCUGGUUAGAUGGACCUAUUUUUAGUUGGAAUUUUGACAAACAACAAUGGAAUAGACAAUUAAGCUAUGAGGUUAUUCUUAAAACACUUAAUCAUUCAUCAAAUUUAAAUAGUAAUUUUCUGGAUGAGUGGAAAUAUCAUUAUAAUUGUCAGAAAAAAUCAUUUUCAAAGUUUAUUCAAUUUUUUGGAUUUACCCAGGAUCCAAAUAAUUUAAAUUAUAUAAUAGUAAUGAGUUAUGCAAAAAAAGGAUGUUUAAGAAAAUGUUUAUCUGAUAUAAUUAAAUUUAAAUGGCAAGAAAAGUUACAAUUAUUGAAAAAAAUUGUAUUAGGGCUCAAAGUAAUUCAUGAAUCAAAUUUAACUCAUGGUGAUUUUCAUGAUGGUAAUAUUUUAAUAUCAGAUAGCUAUAAUGAGUUAUUUAUUAUUGAUUUAGGAUUAUGUAAACCUGUAAAUGAUUUACAAGAUUCUGACAAUAAAAUUAAAGAAAUUUAUGGAGUAUUACCUUAUAUGGCACCUGAAACAUUAAGACAAAAACCCUAUACACCAGCAAGUGAUAUUUAUAGUUUUUCAAUGAUAAUGUGGGAAUUUACAUCAGGUAUUCCUCCAUUUAAUCAUGUAGCACAUGAUCAUCACCUCAUUUUGAGUGUCUGUGAAGGGAAACGCCCUGAAAUUAUUGAAAAUACUCCAAAAUGUUAUAUAGAUUUAAUGAAAAAAUGUUGGGAUUCAGAUUCUUCCAAUAGACCAACCAUAACAAUGCUUGAAGAUAUUAUAUCUGAGUGGGUUAGAUGUAUUAAUAAAUAUUAUACAAUUAACAGGGAUGGAAAUUAUAAAUAUGAAGUACCUAAUAUUGAUAAUAAAUUAAAGGAUGAUAUGAUUGAAUUUAUAGAAUCAAACAAAACUUUAGUACAUAAGCAAGUAAAUGCUUCUAUUAUACAAUCUCAUACACAAGCAUACUAUACAAGUCGUAAACUUACUGAAAUCUUAGUUCAUGAAAAGUCUGAUUGUUUUGAAUGUAUAGUUAAAAUUUAA